UUGGUGUGUUCUUUGUUCAUCAUUCAUGAAUCAUAAUCUCCCUCAUUCCCUUUCCUCCAUAGAUUGAUUCGUCAAAAUUACAAUUUGACCCUUACCCUCAACCCAGAUCCAUUCAUUCCCUUUCCUCUCUGAUUGCACCAUCGAAAAACCCAAACCCCACAAUCCUCAUUGCUCCAAUCAAUUCCUUGACCACGUUCAGGGUUUAUCAGAUUCCGUUCAAAACCGUAAUUCCCUUCGUUUCGAUUCUAGGAAUGUUGGGUACUACCUUUGCUCGUGGACGCCGAGAGAACCGCUUCUGCAAUCCGGUUCACCUUAACCGGUCCGCGCUAAAUGUUCGCAGCGACCCACAAAAUUCGGUUCCCGAGAACCGGACUGGGCUUUUCGAACCGGAAGCUGUGUCUUCCUGCGAACCGGUUUUGAACCGGUUGAGUAACCUCGAGCGGUUCUUGCAGGCGAUCACGCCUUCAGUGCCGGCUCAGUAUUUAUCUAAGAGGACCACGAGAGGAUUUCGGUCGGGUGAUGUGGAGAGUCAGCCAUACUUUCUUCUGGACGACCUUUGGGAGUCCUUCAAAGAGUGGAGUGCAUAUGGUGCAGGAGUGCCACUCGUGCUGAAUGACAAUGAUAGUGUUGUUCAAUAUUAUGUCCCCUAUCUUUCUGGAAUUCAAAUUUAUUCUGCAACUGUGAAACCAUCUAUACAGUCAAGGCAACUAGGUGAGGACAGUGACACUGAUUUCAGGGAUUCAUGCAGUGAUGGUAGCAGUGAUUGUGAACCUGAAAGAAGAUUUAAAUGCUCAAGGGAGCAUAGAAGUCUGCUCCAGUUGUCAGAUGAGGUACGUGACUGGAUGGGCAGAUUAUCUUUGGGAGGAGACCACCUUGAUGUUCCUCUAGAUGGCUUUUCUAGUGAUGAUGGCGAAUCUUUCAAAUCUCAAGGCUACUUGCUUUUUGAGUAUUUUGAAAAGGAUCCUCCUUUUAGCCGUGAGCCUUUGGCUGAUAAAAUAUUGGACCUUGCAUUUGGAUUUCCUCAACUGGCGACACUUAGAAGUUGUGAUAUUCUACCAUCUAGUUGGCUAUCCGUAGCAUGGUAUCCUAUUUAUAGAAUACCAACAGGUCCAACAUUGAAAGAUCUUGAUGCUUGCUUUUUGACAUACCACUCCCUUUAUACCCCCGUUGGAGGUUCACAAGGAGUGCAGAGUCCUGCAGUGUCACAUCCUAUUGAGAUGGAUGGUGUCCCUAAAAUGCCCUUACCGGUGUUGGGUCUUGCUUCAUACAAGUUCAAAGGAUCUAUGUGGACUCCUAAUGUUGGACGUGAGCACCAACUAGCUAGCUCUCUUGUGCAGGCUGCUGACAGUUGGUUAAGGCUGCUUCGGGUCGAUCACCCAGAUUUUGUGUUUUUCAACCGUAGGAGGUGAUAUAUGAUGCAAAAGUGAUUAUGAUUGGUUUUCUUUUGGCCAUUAUGUAUUUCGUGUAGCUAUUUGUUGUCAGUGGCCCAUGUUUUAAAUGUCAACGUAGAAACUAGAGUUACUCAUCUACUUGGCAAAAGAAAAUUGAAAAAAGCAAAUAGAAGAGGAAGCCCUUGCGAUUCCCUGCUAUAAUAUAAGCACUGAAGCUCUGGAUAAACAUCAUUAUUAAAGCUUGUCCAGAAUGUGUGCAUGGUGGAUGUAUAGCUUAAGAUAAGCUUGCUGUAUGUUUCCAUUCAUUAGGUAGGUGGUUUUGCUAGCUAACAUCAGUUUCAAGUCCUACACCAGGUGUUGCUAAGGUUAUGCUACAUAGAACAGUGUCCUGAUGUUUACUUUUUACACCUGGCUUUUAAAUUAUGGUGGAAUUUGUUAGAAAUGGUGUUGGGGCUAAUCAUGUUUGAAUUGCCCAAAUAUUUAUCGAAAUUUAGCAGUAGUUUCUUAGCUGCAUCAAGUGUACAACUCUUUUGUUUUGGAAUUUUGAUACCAAUGAAAAUGUUUGUUGGAUAAACUUUUUGGAUUUUUACUUCAUUCCCUUACUAAUGGUAAUAGUUGAUUCUAGUGACAUUCAGUGGUCGGACAUUUGCUUCUAAUUUUUUUAUGAAGCAUAUAUGUAUCCAUAGAGAGGAACCCUAAAAUGGAGUAAUACUAGGAUUUAUUUUGUCGGU